CACAUAGUUAAUGGCACUCGUUCUACUUGCCAGAUAGCUUCUCCUGCCAUAUUGGUUCGUCCCUCCGUUCUCCAAUUGGCUCCACAUCCCAACGCGGCAACUUCCUCUCAUCUUCAAACUGGACAGCCACUUCCGCAAACAACAGUUUCGCAAAAACAGCUUACUGGUCAUCAAGCAAGCCCUAUUGUCUCUGCAAGUGGGGGUGCAACCAACCUACCCGUUGCACCGGGUCCUUCGAACCCCCGACAACUAGCUCCAGCUGGAUCGGCCUCGAUUUGCAAUAACAUUUCUCAGUCUAUUGGGCAGACGAUUUCAAGUAUGCAGGGCUCUGGCUCCAUUUCUCCAGCACAGCAUCAUCCAGCCUUUAUUCCUUUGCGCCCUAGCUCCGGUAUUGCGACACCUGGACAAUCUGGUCAGUUGCAGCCUAGUUCAUCGAGUAGCCAAUUCGUUAGUCCUUCGCAGUCCGCCCAAUCCGGAAUCGCAUCCGCCGUCCCGAUCCGGCCGGGUCCAGUUCAGCAAACAGUUCAACAACAGCAACAACAAGUCCAGCAACAGCAAAUUUAUCAGCAGGUUCAACAGGCUUCACCACAUCCAUCGGGCCCUGGAGGUGCUCAACACCUUUUAGGGCCUAACGGUAACAUUCUUUCACCCUUAAAUGCUCAGCAUAGACCACCGGGCAGCAGCGGCGGAACAGCGACGACUGCAACUUGCCUUCACUAUCAACAGGUGGCAGCGACAGGAGUCUCUAUGGUCCAGCACACUCAACAGAUGCAACAGCAGAAUGUUCGAGGAGUUCAAUUUCGUCAGGCUGCUCAUUCAGGUGACCAGCAGAUGCAACAACAUCAGGGACAACAGCAAUCGGGCCCACGAGCGGUGCAGAUUCUUGGACAGCAGCAGCAACAACAACAUCAGCAUUCAGGGCAUUUAAGUAUUUCACUUGGCCCCUGCCACCCUCUCUGCUACUCUGUAAUGGGAAGCCUAUCUCAACAAGUUGUUGCCUGUGGGUUGCCUUUAAGUGGGCACUCAGGGCCAACACUGAUGGUAUCUGGGCCCCCUGGUCAGGCUCAACAAUCCCAUUCGACAGGGCAUCCGGGACAGCUUGUUCUACAGGCCCAACGGCCCGGACUCAGUUGUCUCGUUUCACCCGGGGACUCUAACCACCCGAGUCACCAUCACCUAGCACAACACCAUCAGCAACAGCAACAACACGGACACUCACAACUUCUGACCCCAACCGGCCAUCAUUUACCGGCAUCUCACACUCACUCACAUUCUCCAAGCGGGGCGCAACAACAGCAUUCUCACGUUCAAAGUCAAAUACAGCAACAGCAACAGACUCAACAGCGUCACCUUCAUCCGCUACAGCAGCCAACUCCACAGCAGCAACUAUAUCAAAAUGUGGGCCAACAACAUCCGCAUGCAUCUCAUCCUUCUCACACCCACCUGCAUCACUACCACCAGCAGCCACAUUCUUUUCAGCAGCACCACCAUGAGUCAGCACAAAUUAUGAAGCAUUCAACUACUCAACUUCAUCAGCAAGCGGCACAUCUGCAUCCUACUCAGCAACAUCGUCCUGGGUUGAUGAUCCAUCAACCGCAACAAGCUUCGAUGCAGCAGGCACAACAACAGCCCUCGCAACAAAGCCAACAUCACCCUUCUGCCGCAUCCCACCAACAUCAUCAAUAUCAACCACAAAUCCAGCAGCAGCCACAGCCUCCGCCGCCAGGAUCCCUUCUACCGGCGCACUACGGCCAUGCAGGCAGCCCGCUGCCACAAACACGUGAGGACUGCCUGACAGGAUGUGUCUUUUUGCUGCUUGGCUACCAGCGUUCACACUCGGAAGAACAGCGUCAGAUCUGGCGUCUCAUUAUUCGUACCUAUGGCGGUGAAGUUGCCUUGCAUUACCAGGCUGAUCGGGUCACGCAUUUGGUCGUUGAUUGGCAACUAGAGGAUCCGGAGCUCUUUAAACAG